AUGUUGUUUGUGGGGGCGGAAAGUGGGGAGGUUUUGGGUCGCGUGGUUGGCCGUCAGGCGCGGGAAGUGGCCGUCAGGCGCGGGAAGUGGCCGUCAGGCGCGGGAAGUGGCCGUCAGGCGCGGGAAGUGGCCGUCAGGCGCGGGAAGUGGCCGUCAGGCGCGGGAAGUGGCCGUCAGGCGCGGGAAGUGGCCGUCAGGCGCGGGAAGUGGCCGUCAGGCGCGGGAAGUGGCCGUCAGGCGCGGGAAGUGGCCGUCAGGCGAGGGAAGUGGCUGUCAGGCGCGGGAAGUGGCCGUCAGGCGCGGGAAGUGGCCGUCAGGCGGGAAUUAGCCAUCAUAAAUAGGCAGCGUGGGGUUUAG